AUGGCACAAUCGCUGAAUAAGAGAUACCUCGACUCGCUGCACAAGAAUCCUCUCUUGACCAAAUGUGUGACUGCUGCAGUUCUUGCGGUGUUGAACGAAGUGAUUGCCAGCGGUGUUGCCAGGGAGUUCAAAGUGUCAACUGUCUUGAACGUUAAGGUUAAACAUACGCUUUCUUGGAAGUUGCCAAUCUUUGCGCUGUUUUCUGCCGGUGUUGGAGCGCCAAUCACACAUUAUGGCUACCAAUGGCUCAAUGCUUUGUUCAAAGGUCCCUUGACUUUGAAACAGAAGAUCACCCAGAUUGUUUUGUCAAUGGCGACGUUGACGCCGUUGAUGAGCACGCUGUUUGUUGCCUUUGUCUCUCUUGUUAACAUGACGCCGAAGUUGCAACUGUUGGCCCUUGGUAAAGGCGACGAACUUGAAAGGGCGUGGACCACCGUAAAGAGCGCUUGGAAGAAAUCUUUGCUUAGCGUUUUGAAGUCAUCAUGGAUCACCGGCCCAGUUGUCAUUGCCAUUUGUCAAAAAUUCCUGGAGCCUGAGCUCUGGGUUGGAUUCAACCAGCUUUGUUAUUUUGUCCUGGGGACUGGACAGAACACCAUGUUGAAGCUGAGAACAAAGAAGCAGCAGGAAUACCUCAAAAAGAAGGAAGAGCUUAAAGAUGAAGUUGAGAAAUUGGCCCAAGAUAACGACAAUAAUGGCGAUGAUGUUUUGAAGGCGUCAACAACUUCAGCAGUUGAAGUUCACGAACUUGAUGGAAGUGCGGAAAGUAACAGAGCAGAUGAAGAGAGCAUUGAUGAAGGUGGGGAAGUCCUAGAGACUGCAAUUGCUUCCGAGGUUGACGCUCAGGACGACAGCAUUUCUACUGAAGAUGUUGAUUCAACAGAGGAAGGUGUGAGUGUGUAG